UAGUACAAUUUCAUUCCAGAAAAUUACGACUUUCUUUAUUAAUAUGCAACAACUUCCAACCUUUCAAUGUUUUGGUUAUACCUCUUUCAUCGAAAUUAAAAGUUUCAUGACUAGAUUUAUUAACGAUUUAUCGUUAGCAAAAUGUCAUCCAAUAUUUUAAUAUAUCCUCUCUAUUAUUGUAUAUAUAUAUAUAAAUGGAAGAAUUCGUUCAUUCAGAAAUGUAGGCUUUAUUAUAAUUUUUUUUUUUUUUGAAUUAACCUAUUAAACUGCCAAUGCAUUUAAAAAUUGUCUUGCUAUGCUCAAAUAUAUAUGAUGUCUUCCAAAGCUGAGUAAACUAAAUUCUUCCUUUCUUAAAGGCCUGCAUGAAUAACAUUCAAAUCUAUUUCAUAUUUAACAAGGGGAUCAAGAAUAAUUUAUUGUUCUUUACUGAGAUGAAAUAUGUGCAGAAACCUAGACUCAACAGUAUGGAUGGUUUUGAUUUUGUUCCUUCUCUCCAAUCUAAAGAAGGACAAUCAGCUCCUGUCUUCAGAAAAACCAUCCGAUGCAGGAAUUAUCGUCAAAACAUCUGCCAUUCUCCACGAAUCCAACAAAGGAAUCCAGUGAUCUUCUUUUGCUUCAUGCUACCUAACAUGAUGUCAAUGUUCAGGUAGAUGCUCUCAAUGAAUCCAUUCCAGAAAUCCUCUUGCUAUCAAGAGUGCUUUUUAAUUUGAAAACGGACAACACUUGUCUAAUGAUACUCGAUCAGAACAUUGAUUCCCAAUGCAUGUAAUAAAAAAUAUGUGUAAUUGGAAAGAAUUUCCAGCUUGAUCUGUACAAAUCGACUGUAGCAUCAUUUUGUAGCAUACUGUAUUUUACUUUCACUUAGAAACAGACUUCUGGAAAAUUGAUUGGCCCAUAAUUACGUAUUUAAUGCCAGUUAAUACUGAAUCAUCUGUCUCUACUAUUUGUUAUUUACAUCAAAAGUGGAAAGUAGUGUACAGCGUUUUUUUUUUUUUUUUUUUUUUUUUACCAUUCAUAGUAUUAAAUUCAAAAUAUUGUUUUAAAUUGAAAAUUGCAUUAUUUUUUGAAAUUUAUUAAAUAUUUUUACAGUACUCAUAAGAAGUUUCAGUACAAUAAUUUCUAAGUUAAUAAUGUUUCCACAGCAUCUUGAUUGUUUUAUGUUUAUAUCUUGAAAUAUAUGUAUUGUGUGUUUUGUGUUGUUUCAACCAUUUUAAAGUUCUGAAGAAUAUGUGUUUUAAAUAUUAAAGAAUUCUAUAUAAUUUUAAUGUUGUUGUAUUUCUGUAUUUUAUUCAAGCACAAAUUGAUUUAUUGUACCUGAUAUAUUUCUUCAUCCACAAGUUUGCAAAUAAAACUGUCUGUUCUCAUUUUCUUAUACCAUUUUAUGUGUCCCUGAGCGGUGUUCCAAGACUCAUUAAGUGUUCAUAAUCUCAUUUGUCAAGUACUCGUAAUCUUAGUCUCUUUCAUGGUCCAGAAUUCUUUUGUUAACUUUCAGAUAAAGAAUUAUAUACAUAUAUAUGAAUUAUAUAUUAGAAUAAAUUAUAUAUAAGAAUUAUAUAUAUAUACUCCUUUUGAGAUAGAAAAGUGCAAUUCAGCAUUUUUUGAUUUUGUAAUAAUACCAUUAUAAGAUUGCAUACAUACCAUGAACCAUAACUCUGAAAAUGAACACACAUCUGCAUUGAAAGACAUAAAUCUUUCAGAAAGAGUUAUUUUAUAUUUCUUUCUCGGAAAAGCUGCAUGGUAAAACCAUGAUACUUGUAAAAGUGAAAACAUGAUCAAUAACCGUUUUUAUUGAUUUUUAAGAAAUUUAAACCAAACACUUUUGUGAUUAUGAGCCGAAAAUCUUCAAUGAAAUUUUGAUUAGAAUGCUAUCGAUAAAAGAACUUCUGUCGAAAGAAUAAGGUGAAAAUUCUUCCCUCUCGCCCCCUCAUGCCCUUUGGUGGAGUGGCUUUUGGAAGCGAGUGGUACAAAUGAAACUGAAACUUCUAGAAUUUUGAGGAAUGCCUGUUUACAUUAUGAAAACAUCGUCAUUAUCUCAUGUGAUUGCAAAGCAGUCAUCAACUCAAGAUCUCUUGCAUAUAUGAAGAUCCUAAUGAUGUCAUUCCUCUCACUCCUUCAAUGUUUUUACAUUUCCAUGUUGGGAGUAUUGGAUUUGGAUAAACUUGAUGAUAUUGUUGUUAGAAGGCAUUAGAAACAUCAUUAAAAUCUAAGUCGAAACAGAUUUUGUCAUGAAUAAUUGAGAGUUUGGUUGCAACCGUGUACAAAGGGAAAUUGUUACAUAGUUGAAGAUAUUAGUCGAAAGAUAUUGUCUUUAGUGAAUGUGAUUCUUCUAAGAGAUUACUUUGGCCAGUGGUUAAAAUUCUUGGAAGUUUUCUCAGCUGAAGAUAAAGGAAUUAGAGUAGAGGGGCUCAAAACUUCAAAUGAUGAAGUUAUAUGUCUCAUUCAAAAAAAUAAAUAAAUCUAUAAACAUUUUGACUUUACAUGACCAAGAUUUUUCCGCACCUGAAAUCUCUUGUAGACAAAAUGUUUGUCAUUACUUUGCUUUGAAUAAAAAGAAUAAAAUAAAACUUUGAAAUAAAAAGUUUGUAAUGAUGCAAAAUAUCUAAACAUUUUCUUGCUAUUUCCUUAGUUCUUAUGUCAUAUUAAGAUUAGACUUGAGUUUAAUUUUCUUGUAUAUAUUACAGGUUGUUUAAUAAUACCUAAUAAAAAUAGUUUGUGCACUUCACAUUUCUAUGUAAUUUCAAAUCUGAUAUGACCUUGUAUCAAGCCCAAGCUUUUGUCAGGUGUUAUAGUUCUUACUGAAACAUAGAUUUAUUUUCAUUUGAAUGCAAUCUAAAUUUAUACUCUGAAAGAUAUAUGCGUGGUUCAUCUGAAUUCUUAUUUUUUAUGCCUGUAUAAUGGCCUUUAAACCUAUAUAUUCACUUUCCAAUCCUUGAAUCAAUUUAUGUUUUAGCAUUUAUAUUUACAAAAAGUUGUUUUGUGUGUAGGAAAUAUGAAAACAUGAUUUGCACUUGAUUGUUUAUAUUAUGAACUAUCCUAUUAAUUUCACUCCAGCACUUGAUAUAUUCAUAUUAAGAAAAUUUGGUAAUUUUUCAUGACUCUUUUGUAAAAUGUU